AUGGAAAAGACUUCAACAUUAAAUCUAGAAUUUCAACUAUUCAAUCUCAUGGCAAAAAGUCAAUCCAUUGAAGUGCUUAUUGUGUUUGGAGUAAUUUUUGGAAAUAUGGUGUUCAAUAACAUGAAAAUGGAAAGCUUAUCUUUCCAUCUUUUUGGAGUGGUUACAGUUGUACUUCUCACUGCCUACUUACUGGCAAUUAUAGGAUCCACCGAGUUUUCUGAAAACGACGAUAAUACCAUCUUUAAAUCUAUGGCUAUAUGCUCGAUGGUAGUUACUUCGAUCAUUGCCGUAAUUCAAUCAGUUUGUUCUUUAAUGGAUCUUCGGAAGGAUAGAGCAAAACUUUUUUACUCGGAAAGGGGAGAAAGGUUAAUAAUAGGAGGAUACGCUGCUAUCAUUUCAAUAUUAUUUCUGCUGAUUCAGAUAUCAAAGAUGGUGAGUAUGAAAAAAAUUAAGAAAAGUGUCUUUGUAAGUGUCUGCAUCAUGAUGGUAGCAUCUGUGUUCUAUUUCCUCCUCUCUGAGGAAAUCGAUCAAGAACAAAUCUUGUCUUUGAUUAUAGGUCUUGCUUUGAUAGUUGGAAUAAUUGUGCUGAUAAAUAUUGGAGGAUCAAAAGAAAUAGAUAUGAAAGAGAAAGGUACUCUACCUUAUGUGAUGUCUUCUAUAAUCGUUUUCUUUAUUACUUCUGCACUAGGUGCAAAAGUGGUGGGAGACAAAGUUAAGCUAGUGGAAAAAUUAGCUUCGGUCUUUACAGUUAUUGAUAAAUGUAUACUGACCAAAAAAUAA